AUGUCCGGCGAGUCACAUGGAUUGAUAUGUGUUUUCUCUUCAACAGUCAAACAGACAGCAUGGACUCACUGCUGCAGGACUCACUGCUGCAGGACUCACUGCUGCAGGACUCACUGCUGCAGGACUCACUGCUGCAGGACUCACUGCUGCAGGACUCACUGCUGCAGGACUCACUGCUGCAGGACUCACUGCUGCAGGUCUCACUGCUGCAGGUCUCACUGCUGCAGGUCUCACUGCUGCAGGACUCACUGUUGCUGCAGGACUCACUGUUGCUGCAGGACUCACUGUUGCUGCAGGACUCACUGCUGCAGGACUCACUGUUGCUGCAGGUCUCACUGCUGCAGGACUCACUGCUGCUGCAGGACUCACUGUUGCAGGACUCACUGCUGCAGGACUCACUGCUGCAGGUCUCACUGCUGUAGGACUCACUGUUGCAGGACUCACUGUUGCAGGACUCACUACUGCAGGACUCACUGUUGCAGGACUCACUACUGCAGGACUCACUGUUGCAGGACUCACUGCUACAGGACUCACUGCUGCAGGACUCACUGUUGCAGGACUCACUGUUGCAGGACUCACUGUUGCAGGACUCACUGCUACAGGACUCACUGUUGCAGGACUCACUGCUACAGGACUCACUGUUGCAGGACUCACUGCUGCAGGACUCACUGUUGCAGGACUCACUGCUACAGGACUCACUACUGCAGGUCUCACUGUUGCAGGACUCACUGUUGCAUGUUCACAAAGCCAAAAAGGAGAAGAAUAAAAACAACUUCCAAAGCUAAAUGUGUAAAAUAAUACCCAGAAACCUCACGUUGCUAAAUACAGGGUCUUAGCUUUAGCCUCUGGUAUAUGUUGUUGUUGUUGUUGUUGUUAUUAUUGUUGUUGUGUUAAAUUGUGAUGUGUUUUCUGGUACUGGAGACAGUACAGGAAGAAUGAACUGGGCAUUCAAACAACACCAACAAAAAAACAGGUCACAUGACUAACAGAAAAACAGGUCACAUGACUAACAGAAAAACAGGUCACAUGACUAACAGAAAAACAGGCCACAUGACUAACAGAAAAACAGGCCACAUGACUAACAGAAAAACAGGCCACAUGACUAACAGAAAAACAGGUCACAUGACUAACAGAAAAACAG